AUGUCGGCACAAUCCGAGAAAACUCCUACAUCACCGGUCCCAGCGUCGGGUGAAACAAGCUCGUCGAGCCCAAGUCGCAAACGCGACCGCAAGCGAAGUGACAUGGAAAGUGAGAAUGAAUCCAGCACGUCGUCGACUUCGCUCUUUUCGAGAAGGACGAAGCAAAAAAUUCUGGAGCACAAUAACGGCGAGAGAUGCUGGCAUUGCGGUGCCGGUGGUGCUGCGCCAGAUGUUGCCCGCGUGAUAACUAAGAAAGACGGCUCGUUCAGCAAAUAUGUGGCACGGGGCCUUCUGACUUUCGAUCAUCUUGGAGACGAGCAGAAUGGCCUUCCUCUCUGCCCUUCGUGCCAUCGAGAAUUCGACGACCUCAACAACCCCGGCCUAUUAUUCAUUCCUACUCAUCUCGACUAUUUCAUUAAUUUCGAGCUCGAGGACUACCGCAACCGACUUGACGUUACAAGACGGCUGAGCCAUAUUCCUCCACGGGUCGUUCCGACACCACAGAUGUAUGCUGAUUAUCUGAAGGGGUGUGAGAUCAUCCCACCCGAGGCAAAAGGAGGAAGCUACUGGCGUUACACACUGAGAGAUUUUUUCCCUUUGCAUGCAGAUAAGAGUUUUAUUCCGGGUCUGGGGCCUUUCAAAGAGCCAGGUUUGUGGUGUGGUGCGCCUAUGGCCGCGCUGAGACGUGCUUUCCAAGUCAUUGGCGAUCCUGCUACCACAGAAGGUGUUUCAGAGGCUCAACUCGACCAGCUGUGGCAGCUGCGCAAGUUGUAUGCCAGAAGAAUACCUCGGACUGAUCUGCUUCCGUCUCACACAUCCACUGCAUCCGACCAAGACGCAGGACACAUAACGACAUCUGACACUGAAAAAGCUGCUCAAGCACCAGCCACUGCGUCAGAAAAUGCUGCACCCGCUCAGCCUAUCCCAACCGCAUUUAUCAAUGACCAAACUCGAAGGAAGAGAAGCCGAAGCUCUCCAGGUAGUAGUGCAGAUGGGGCCGCCGCUUUGGAACCAUCCAUUGAGACCAUCAAUCGUGAAGCGAAAGUCCCGCGGUUGGAGAGGUUUGGAAGGGGGUCAUCGACCGAGAUCAACAUCGAGCGAUAUCUGACUAUGCUGAAGUCCCCUACUAGAUGA